UGUCUCUUUUUACUCGCCCUCUGGGCUCCAGGACAGAGGCUGUUCAAACAGCUGGCUCCGGCCUCUCCUGGUCAACACCAUGAUCAAGACUCCUAGUGACCACCUGCUGAACUCCCUGGAAGGGCUGGUGCCCAGUGACUUUGAGAGGUUCAAGUUUAAGCUCCAGAACAGCAACCUGGAGAAGGAGCACUCCCGGAUCCCCCGGGGCCAGCUCCAGACAGCCAAGCCGGUGAAGCUGGCCACUCUGAUGAUCACCCACUAUGGCGAAGCGCACGCCGUGCAGCUGACCCUGCAGGUCUUGAGGGCCAUCAACCAGAACUUCCUGGCAGAGGAGCUGCACAAGGCGACGGGCCCAGAGUGUCUGAUACAAGAAAGUGGCGUUGACAGCUCAGCAGUGUCUGGCUCCUCUGGAGAGAAUAAGCCCAAAGGCCUCAGGCUACCGGAGGUCUCGGAAGGUGACAGGCAGCGGCAAAGUGGUGACGGGGCCCCCAGCCUGCCAGCCAGCCAGCCUGAGUCUGGAAGGGGGCUCCAGAAGAAGCCUCAGGGCAAACGGAGAGAUCCGAAGAGCUCGGAAGGCCUGGAUGUGCCGGGCAAGCCAGGGGCCAGGACCGCGCCUCCGGCCCUCAGGAGAAGCCCUCUCCCGGCCAAGCUGCAGGGGGAGAAGGGGGGCGAGCCUAGUGUCAGGCUACGCCGAAAUGCCAGCUCUUUAGGACUGACCUGUGGCUCAUAUACUGGGUCCCUAGGAAGGGCAAAUUCCAAGAUACGUGAGGCACAUUUACCUUUAGGACAGAGGCGCCCCAAGAGUCUUGAGAUUCCCAUUUUUCAAGCAGAGAGAGAAGCUUCCAAUGCAGAAACUCUUCUGUCUCAAGAGAAAAUGGGAAGUGACAACCCAGCCUCAGCAGCCACCCCCAGUCAAGCGGCUACUCUGGAUGGAGGGGCUCCUGUGGCUCCAGAGAAAGGCCCCAGGAACCUAGAACAUUCUAUGAGCCUGAAAGGGGGAGCAUUCAGGAAUACGCUUUCUAAUGUAUCAUUGGUUAGAGCGAAGACAACCUGGGAGCAGCCAGAAUCUACGGGACCGUCUAAGAAAAAUGCAAUUGAGGGUCAGGAGCACCCUGAGAGCUGGAGGAUGGUGGGCGCUGAGCUGCGUGAGCCUUCGUACCUACAAGCCCCUCCUUCCUCAGGAACUUUUUUGACUGCUGCGUCUCCAGGGAAGCCAUGGGAGGAGGCUGUGACUGUCCUGUGCCAGGCCCAGGAAGGAGACCAGGUCGGUGGCACCCAUGUUCAUGAUUCCUGCAGAUACUCGGUUGCUUCUAGGGAUCCCAAGACAUCAGACAGCUGCUCACCCAGCGGCCUCCAGAGCCAGGCCCCCCUCCUGGGAAAGGACUCCGGAGACCGGAAGCGGCAGGAGGGCUUGCAGACGGCCGUCUUGAGCUGCAAGGACCUGCCGCAGUGCGAACGACACAUGAAGCAGGCCCAAGUGCUCUUCUGUGAGGACCACGGGGAGCCUAUCUGCCUCAUCUGCAGGCUGAGUCAAGAACACCAAGGCCACCGGGUGCGCCCCAUCGAGGAAGCCGCCCUGGAGUAUAAGGAGCGAAUUCAAAAGCAGCUGAAGUAUCUGAAGGAGCUGAGAAAAUCUGGGGAGGAGCAGAGAUCUCAGGGGAACAAGAAGACCGCGGACUUCCUGAAACAAACCGAAACCCAGAAGCAGAGAAUCCAGCACCAGUUGAAGCAGCUGUACCAUUUUCUGGAGAAGCAUGAGAAGCUCUUCAUGGCCUCCCUAGAGGAGCUGGGCCGGACCAUUGGCCAGGUCAGGGAGUCAUACAGCACCCGCGUGUCCAGAGACAUUGCCCUUCUCGAUGAGCUGAUUGGGGAGCUGGAGGCCAAGCAGUGCCAGCCAGAAUGGGAGUUCAUGCAGGACAUCGGAGUCACCCUGCACAGGACCAAGAUGGUGACAGUCCCUAAGCCAUGGGCCACUCCCCCAGAGGUCGAAAAAAAGAUCCACUUGUUCUACCAGAAAUCAAAGUUUGUGGAGAAGAGCAUGAAGUACUUCUCGGAAAUUCUGCAUUCAGAAAUGGUCACCAUCAAUGUUCCAGACCUGAUUUGCGCUCAGGCAUAUGCCGUUAAUGUGAUUCUGGAUGCAGAAACUGCGCACCCCAAUCUCAUCUUCUCUAAUGACCUGAAAAGCCUGAGACUUGGAAACAAGUUGGAUCGUCUGCCUGACAACCCAGAAAGAUUCGAUAGCUGCGUCAUCGCCCUAGGCCUUCCAACCUUCCUCUUUGGCCGCCAUUACUGGGAAGUGGAGGUAGGAACCAAGACAGGGUGGAUCCUGGGUAUCUGCAAGGCGUCCAUCAGCAGAAAGGGGAACAUGACCCUGUCACCUGACAAUGGCUGCUGGGUGGCGAUCAUGACGAAGCGAAGUGAGCUCCAGGUGUCCACCACGCCCCCAACACGCCUGCAGUUGACGGAACCUCCCAGACGCGUGGGCAUCUUCCUUGAUUACAUCACUGAAAACAUUUACUUUUACAACGUAACAAACAAGUCCAUUAUCUACACAUUCACUGGGGUCUCUUGCUCUGGGCCCCUUCAGCCUAUCUUCAGCCCUGGAACACACGAUGGAGGGAAGAACUUGGAUCCUCUGACCAUAUGUCCAGUGGGUACCCAGGGGCCUCAAUGAAUGCCCAACCCUUUGCAUCUCUCUUCAGGAUCCUAGCCUUGUAGCUUGAAUCUGUACACUCAACUGUCGUUACUGAACGCCUACUGGGUUUCAGCUGCUGUGGGUGAUAUAACGAAUAAGAGAACAGUGCCUAUGCCCGAAAUGCCUGUGGAAUGGUUGCAGAAAUAAGCUAGGCACACAAAUGUUGGUAAAACAAGGAUAAAAAGAGCGCAUGUACUGAUGAUGCUUCAAAGGAGGAAGUACAUGGCUGUUGCUUAAUAAAUCCUUGUAUGAAUUAGCACCCGAAGAUGCCCUGAGCCAGAGAUCUCACCCUCAUUUUCCCUCAGAACUGUAUGGCAAAGAUGUGUGCCCUCAUUCUAUCCCCCACUUUCUUGAGGACUUGGAAAGCUGAAAAAUAAAUCAAGCAGACUUCAUGGUCAUGCUUUUGUACCUGAGUUAAUACUUUAUUGUACUGGCUAGACCCCAUAAAGAAAUCAAGUAGAAAAUUUGGUCAUAAUUGCACUUGGUUUGCACUCAAUUUGUUGUCACUUAGUUAAUCACUGUGAGACCCCAUUUUCCUACUGAACACCAUGAAAAAGAUGGAGCUGCUGGGGUGGGAAAACAUUGGACGCAGAUUUCAAGUGUCAGCUUUUAAAAAAAAUACCUGUCCUGAUCUAUGAAAAGCCUGUGGAAUAUUGGGUGUUCUAGUCCACAGAUACUCUAUCAUCCCCCAUUUAAAGGGAUGCAAAGAGAAAGGAUCUAAGAGAGAGAGAGAGAGAAAA